AUGCGCACAAUGACGGCACGCCAAUCAUCACCUACAUCCGACCACUCACAUUCGGACGGUAAUGUCCGCAAGAGGGUCUGUAAGGCAUGCGAUCGGUGUAGACUGAAGAAAUCCAAGUGUGACGGAUCCAACCCAUGUGGUCGGUGCAGGACAGAUAAUGCCAUCUGUGUCUUUGGCGAGAGGAAGAAGGCUCACGACAAAGUGUACCCCAAGGGAUAUGUCGAGAUGCUUGAACAACAACAAACGUGGCUGGUCAAUGGCCUGCAAGAAAUGUACCGUCGCGCCUUGGAGGGCGAAGGCUGGCCGGGAGAGCCCUUGAAAUGCGAGCCCAACGGCCAUCCUCUAACACACGAUCUGCUUACGCGACUUGGCGCCUUGGACCAGACCAAGGGUGAGCGCUUCGAAGAGAAUACUGAGGCUAUGCAGCAAGAUCUCUGGAGGCAGAAUUCCGGACACAUGCAACGCCAGGAGUCAUCCGACGGUAGCUCAGAAAGUGCGCAGUCGCCUAUCAUGCCCUCCCGCUUCUCAGACCCCACACUGUCUCAAACGCAAGGACCCACCAUCAAAUCAGAGCCUCAAAUGGCACCGACGAAUCCCGCCUUCGUUGCGCCCAUGACUAUGCAAGGCGUCGUGAAUCCCCUCGCCCUCCAGACCCCGCAACAGUGGCCCAACAAUAACUUUGGCGCUUUCGACGAUAUGGAUCUAAUAGGUGCAUCCGAUUAUACGAAUCUGUCCUUUGACGAUCAGGUUCCCUCGCCGAUGUUCAACCGUCAACUACCAAUGAGCUGCAUGCUUUCCUCUUCGUCGUAUAUGGACACCAAAGGCGACUAUGAAGACAUCAAUCAGUUCUUGAAUGCCAAUGCGCCCGAGAUCGCAUCGACCUGA